AUGUCUUGGAAUAGAACAUGUUGUAUGCCAACAACAUCAUCGUCUACUAGUAGUAGUUCGUCAGUAACAUUUUCAUUACCGCCCUUGCCACGCAACUAUGACAUACCACCGCCACCAGCAUCAUCAUCAUCAUCGUCUUCAUUUUUCUUUCUUCCUUCAUCUGAUUACAUUGACGAACAAACUACAAGAGAACGAGAAGAAAACAAUUCAUUACCUCCACCACCACUGCCGCCACCACCACUUUACAAUUAUCAUCAUCUUUAUUCUCCUAUCAUUUCUUCACGUGUCAAUACAUCUGCCGAUACAUGUUUAUGUAAUACUAAUAAUAAUUAUUCAUCUCAAAUAUCAUCAUAUGAUCCAUCUUCAUCAUUUCAAUCUCCAUUUAUAUAUGAACAAUAUUUAACAUCAUUAAAAAGUGAACAAUCUGAUCAUUUACCAUAUUUAUUUGAUAAUAUUAUUUAUCCACAACCAUGUUCACCACCAUCACCAACAAAUGAUUCCAUAACAUAUUAUCAACUUGAUCAUACUAAUACAACAACAACAACAACAACAAUAAAUAAAUUUCCACAACAUUCACAUAUACAAAUAAUUCAACCAAUUACUUAUCAACAAUUAUCACUUAUUGAACCACCAUCAUCAAAUAUUCAACAAAAAUUACCUAUUGUUAAACGUUUCUAUUAUGAUUCAAAUAUGUCAAAUACAACAACAACAACUAUUAUGACAACAACACCUAUAAUAACAACUUCAAAUGAAAAUGAUCAUUUAAAUAUACCUUAUGGACGUCUUGAAUCAACUUAUUUUGGUACAUAUGAUAUUUGGCAAGAAAAAACAAUUAUUGGAAGAAAAAGUAAUCGAUGUAAAGUCGAUGUUAAUAUUGAUUCAAUUUCAGUUGUUUCUCGUAUUCAUUUUGAAUUAUUACUUAUUAAUGGUAAUGAAUUUCAUUUAAAAUGUUUUAGUAAAAAUGGAAUUUUUGUUAAUAAUAAUUAUACAAAAAUGUCUUCAACAACUAUUUUACCUAAACAAUGUAUUCUUCGUUUUCCAAGUACAAAUUUAUGUAUUUCAUUUUCAUCAUUACUUAAUAAUAAUUCAAUAAAUCGAACAUUAGUUGAAAAUAUUUCACGUCAUAUAUCAAAUGAUUCAUUACAACAUCAAGAACAUUUAUUAUCAACAUCAAUACCAAUUGAUAUAACAUCUUCAAUAUCUCAUCAAUCAGUUCCAAAUAUAACACCACAACAACAAGUUAUUUUUGUUGAUAUUAAUCAAUCAACUCAACAAAUAUUUAAUCAUGAAUCAAAUAAUAAUCUUCCAUCAUUAACAAUUAAUAUACCAAAUUCAUUAUCAUCAACUGAUUCAUCAAUUUCAGCUGGUAGUAGUACUGAACAUAUAAAAUUUCAAUAUGAAAGUCCAACAGCAAAUAAUAAUUCUUUUCUAGGUUCAUCUAUUUCAUCUUGUUCAACAAGUCCAAAAAAUGAACCAAAUGAAAAUCAAGCAAUAAUUAGUUUAACUUCUCCAAUCGUUCAACGAUUUUCAUCAACUAAUAUUGAUAAUAUUCAACAAGAAAAUGAUAAUAAUAAUAAUAAUAAUUCAAAAAUAAUUACUAAACCACCAUUUUCAUAUGCUCAAUUAAUAGUUCAAGCUAUUUUAUCUGCACCUGAUAAACAAAUGACAUUAAGUCAAAUAUAUAAUUUUAUAUCAGCUCAAUAUCCAUAUUAUGCAGCAAAUACUCGUGGUUGGCAAAAUUCAAUACGACAUAAUCUUAGUUUAAAUCGUUAUUUUAUUCGUAUUGCACGUAAAGAAAAUGAAUCUGGUAAAGGAAGUUUUUGGCGUUUAGAUCAAACAUGUGAAGAAAAAUUAAUUGAUCAUGCAUUUCGACAUCGAAAACAACGUAGAAAUUCAAUAAAUACAUCAAACAAUUCAACUAUUAAACAUGAAUCUGAAGAAACACAAUAUUGUAAUGAUCAAACAGAUUUUUUAUUAGCUGAUCUUCAUACAAGUAAUCCAUCGACACCAUUAUCACCAAUGACAAGUCCAUUAACAACCAUUAUAUCACCUAUACAACAAUGUGAAAAUUAUAAACGUAAACGAAAUGAUGAUGAUGAUGAUGAUGAUUUAAUUGAUUAUGAAAUAGAAGAUCUAUUAAAUUCUCUUAUAGAAUCUAUUGAUAAUAACAUAAUAUUAUUGUCUGAUAAAACAAUUAAACGUCAAAAAACGUAA